AGCCAGUGAGGAGCCGGGCUCUCCGAGCGCCCGAGAAGGGAAGGGAAGUCGCGGCCACCGCCGGGCCAGAACGCCAGCGGCUCGCUCCGGGAUUGCUUGCUUGCUUGUUUUGCAGCCCACCGACGGACCGAUUGCUUUGGAUCUACCCCGCUCUACCUGCGCCUGAUCGUCCCGCGAGCCCGCUCGGGGUGAUUAUUCAUGGUCUGCGCCGCUGCUGUCCGCCUUGGGAGUCUAGGGCUCAGGUUGGCCACGCUCUCCCAGCGGGGGCGCUGGUGCCGCGGGAGCCUUGGCUUUGCAGUGGUCGAUGCGGAGGGGGGACUCGGCGGAGGGGGGCGGCCGGGGAGCGCCCUUGCCUUGAGGUCCGGACAGGAUUGAUUGAUUGAUUGACUGCCUACCUGCUUGAAGGGGCCGGGAAGGAGCGAAAUCUGGCCAGGGGGUUGAAGCAGCCGCUGCUCCUGGGCCACCGACUGCGGCAGCCUCUGCCUCUGGCAGCGGCUCACCCUCCCUCGCCGGGGUUCUUCUCCGCCAGCACGCAGCCCCCGGCCGCCCGGGUUGGCUGGUUAGCUGGCUGGCGACGCUCGAUGAACUGCCUGAAAGAACCGCUCAGCCUGGAGCGUUUGGGAGCCGGGAAUAAGCUUUGCUCCACCUCCCCUUCCUCUUCCUCUUCCUCCUCCGUCUCCUCGUCUUGCCACCACCACCAUCACCACCACCACCAUCACCAUCAGCAACAGCCGGCUCUGGUUAUGGCUUCAGCCCUGACCCCCGGCCAGCCGCGAUCGGCCCUGGAGUCAGCCAAACACCGGCUGGAGGUUCACACCAUCUCCGACACCUCCAGCCCCGAGGCCGCAGAGAAAGAGAAAAGCCAGCCGAGCAAGAAUGAGGACGCGGGCGCCGAAGAUCCGUCCAAGAAGAAGCGGCAGCGACGGCAACGCACUCACUUCACCAGCCAGCAGCUGCAAGAGCUGGAGGCCACCUUCCAACGCAACCGCUACCCGGACAUGUCGACGCGGGAGGAGAUCGCGGUCUGGACCAACCUCACCGAGGCCAGAGUCAGGGUUUGGUUCAAGAACCGGCGGGCCAAAUGGCGGAAGCGGGAGCGGAACCAGCAGGCGGAACUCUGUAAGAACGGCUUCGGGCCGCAGUUCAACGGGCUGAUGCAGCCCUACGACGACAUGUACCCGGGCUACUCGUACAAUAACUGGGCCGCCAAGGGGCUGACCUCGGCCUCGCUCUCCACCAAGAGCUUCCCCUUCUUCAACUCCAUGAACGUCAACCCGCUGUCCUCGCAGAGCAUGUUCUCGCCCCCCAACUCCAUCUCGUCCAUGAGCAUGUCUUCCAGCAUGGUGCCCUCGGCGGUGGCCGGCGUGCCGGGCUCCGGCCUCAACAGCCUCAAUAACUUGAACAACCUGAGCAACCCUUCGCUCAACUCGGCCGUGCCCACGCCCGCCUGCCCCUACGCCCCGCCGACCCCUCCCUACGUUUACCGGGACACGUGUAACUCUAGCCUGGCCAGCCUGAGACUCAAAGCCAAGCAGCACUCCAGCUUCGGCUACGCCAGCGUCCAGACCCCGGCCUCCAACCUGAGCGCCUGCCAAUACGCCGUGGACAGGCCGGUGUGA